AUGGGUGGAUUUCGGAGGACGGCCGAGGAGUACAACAAGAAGGGAGUUGACCUGGAACUCAAGUCCAAACUGGCUGUAAAGAACUGCACGGCUUGGAUGCAUGCAUUUUCCAAGGAACUUUAUGACACAAUGGGUGUCUGGGUCUUUAUCUUAGGAUGUUAUCUGAAGCCCGAUGGUAAUUUGGACGUCUCGACGUACGACUUCAAUCAAGAACUCGGCAAUGGGAAAGACUUUAUUGAUAACCAUAGCCGGACUUUCCAUGAGGAAGGAAUAUUGGUAUCUUCUUGGAGAGCACACAAUGAAGAAUACUAUGGGUUGGAGGAUCUUGCUUCGGCCGAAGGAGGACACCGAUCCCGGGGUGCUAUGACUUUGGAGAAGAACCUAUACCUGGAACCUAUUCUACCCGAUCCAUCGAAACCACCACUUAAAACUUCCUGUGAUAUUCGAAUUUGGUGGCUGAAUGUUCUUCGUACAUUUGUCAACCAGCACUAUACUGGGCAGAGUAAGGGAUCGGCUCCUUGGACGGCUAUUGGAUCAAAGUUACUUGACUUCAUUGAUCUAGAAUAUAUACCCACGACUUGGAGAUCAGUAAAUGGAGAAGGUAACAACUUUUACAAGUUUCUUGAUCCCUCCAAAUUCCCGAUGGAGAUGGUCACUGAAGCUCUCCAGUUUUGGUAUGAACGUCAAGAACAACACAAAGUCGCCUUUCGAUUUAAAUCCUUUCUUGAGGGGAAAAUGCUGCUGGAAGCACCUCCACGAAGGAAAAUCAAAGUUCACGUUCCUAAACCUCAUGUUCAUAGUGUUGGGAAGGGCAAGAAGCCUGGCAGAAGCAAGGGGUCAAAAGGAGAGGCCGGGGACACAACCCGGAUUCCCCCGUUAAAAUAA